AUGCGCCUAAGCCAGGUUUACGUCGGAGCAGUCCUGCUUGGUGCUGUCACUGCUACUCCAGUAAUUGCUAGAGACGAGCCGCAGGUAGAGGCGCCUAAGGAAGCUUUCAAGUUCAAACGUGGACUGCCAUCGACCACAGAUUCGAAGCAUCUGCGUCUAAACCUUGAAGUUCGUCAAGAGCAACCCAUCAACACCGAGCCGGAUACCAAUGCUGCCGGAUAUUCUUCUGGCUCUUUCGCUCAAGGUCAGCCAGUCAACGAUGCCAACGGAAGAGGCGCACCCAUACUAGGUGGUACGAACCGUGGCGUCGACAUCCAGAACCCGAGUAAUCUUGGUCAAGAAUCUACCGAUGCUGGUAUCGUUCCGAACCUGAAAUGGCGCUUCUCAGACAGCAAGACGCGGCUGCUGAAGGGCGGCUGGGUGCGUGAGCAAGUCGUUCAAGACCUGCCGCAGAGUCGAGACAUUGCUGGCGCUCAGCAGCAUCUCAAGAAGGGUGCUGUACGUGAGUUGCACUGGCACAAAGUGGCUGAAUGGGGCUUUGUGUAUUCGGGACGUAUUGGAGUCUCUGCUGUCGAUGAAGAUGGCCGCAAUUCCUAUGACGUCCUUGGCGUAGGCGACGUUUGGUACUUUCCAAAGGGUGCCGCCCAUACCGUGCAUGGUCUCUCCGAUGAGGCCGAAUACUUGCUCGUCUUUGAUGAAGGAGAUUUCGAUGCUUUUGGGACCACCUUCAACGUGGAUGACUGGAUCUCACACACUCCAAAAGACGUACUGGCGAAGAACUUCGGUGUAAACGCAUCACUCUUCGACACUGUGCCUUCUCCAAACCCUUACAUCCAGGCCGGCAACCAGGGCCUUGCUGCUGAGACCGAAGGCGUCGAAUAUCCAGUGGGAGAUCUCAGCGCAAAUGUCAGCAGCACCUACGUUCGUUUUGCGAAAGACGUCCCAGUCAUCCAAGCUCCAGGCGGUGGUGGUACAAUCCAGAUCUUUGACAGCCGCAACUUCCCCAUUUCGACAACAAUUGCAUCUUCGAUCGUCACGAUCAAGCCUGGUGGUCUUCGCGAACUGCACUGGCAUCCAACAGCCGAAGAGUGGGUGUACUUCGCUCAGGGUCAAGCUCGGGCCACUGUCUUCAUGGGCAGCGGUGCGGCGAGGACUUUCGACUUCUUUGCUGGCGAUACUGCAGUCUUUCCCGACAAUAGCGGACAUUAUGUCGAGAAUACCUCCGAGACAGAAGACCUCAUCUGGAUCGAGAUCUUCAAGGCAGAUCGCGUUGCGGACAUCUCUCUGACGCAAUGGCUUGCUCUUACUCCAGCUCCGCUGGUCGCUCAAGUCUUGAAUAUCUCCAUCGAUGCCGUGAAGGGGCUGAAGAAGGAGAAGCAGCUCAUCAUUGCUUAG